AUGUCGCAAUAUCCAAACGGUCAGCAGGGCUACUAUGGCCAACCCGCAAACCCUCAAGCCUCUGUGCAGCCCUCCACCAGCCGCUAUGACAAUUAUUCAUCCCACAACCCCGCGCCAGACCAACACCUCCCUCGAAGGAUGCCGAGUUACAAUGCUGGGGAUGACUCUGGAUACUUCAACCCGGCCCAGACUCAGAACGCGAGAGCGACCGAAGUAAACGCACAGUACUCGGUACAAGGUGGUGGUUAUGGCGGCCAUUCGAGCCAGGGGGCCUACAACGCCGCGCAAGGAAGCUUCGACGACGAUAGAGGGUCGAGAUAUUCACGGGCUUCCUCAGACGCCAUGUCGCCCAUGGCUCCGAGUCGCGCCUCUUCGCAAACAUCCGCCAUGUCCUAUCAGUACCCAUACUCCGGAGCGACCUCGUCACAGCCGGCCUACAACCCGCAGCAAUAUGGUCUCCCACAGACACAGUCCCAACCAGUCCUCUCUUAUAACCCGCAGACUUACAGUGGCUCCAAUAAUACCUCUUACCCUACUCCAAACUCAGGCCACCAGCCAUAUAACCCUGCAGCAUACCAGUCCACCGCUGUGUCGGGGAUGAGCUCUCCGGUUCUACAUAGAAGGCAGAGUGCGGCUUCGCAGUAUGGACAGACAUCUGCGACCCCACAAACUUACGGCUUUUCCCACCAACCCCCGCUUCCGCCGCCGAGGAGCCCUGAGCAUCCAUAUGGAGGACGUCCGUAUCAGUCCAUGUUGCCAAACUCUUCCCCAUCUUAUGUGCCAUCAAGCCCCCCGAAUACAAUGAAUGUCACCCUUCCUACGUCAUACUCAUAUUACAGUUCGCCGCAAGGGGCUGCGUAUGAAAUACCGUCCCAAUAUACCCCGGCAAUUCCAAGCCCUUCCUUUGAAGACCAGCCCCCAAUACCGCCAGUGCACCAGACUCAAGCGAACGGAUUUUAUGGCAAGCGGCCAAGUAUAUCCCAUUCCGGGUCAAGAAGAUCCCUACCAAUACCUCCAGGACAGUCAGAGUACCCCGAACCACCACCGAGACGGACUGACACUUUGACUCGACAUCCUCAGUCACGACCUCUUCCUGGUCCUCCGGUCGACGAAACCGGGACAAAUGGUAGCCGCUUUCCAGCGGAAGUUCCAAUGGCAUAUGAAGAUGUGCUAAGGCAAGACGAGGUGGCAUAUGAAUCUCAGAACUUUGCUCGACGUCACAGCUCCAGGGCAUCCCAUGCUAGUUCUGCUUCACGCAUGCACUUUUCACCCGACGAGGAACACGCUCACACCAACGGGAAUAUGGAGACAGGCACGGGCCAUGUCGUCAACUACGAUGCGUAUAGCGACGACAGUGAAGCCGAGGCUGCUGCUGGCUUAGCUAUGUUGCAAGAAGACAACGCGCGUGAAGAUCGUGAGCGUGAGCGUCUCGAAGGGCGCAUGCGACGUGAGACCAACGCUUCAAUUCUAAGCUCACGUGGAUCCAACAUAUCUCCAAGAGGACAAACCCCAAAUCCUGAUCCUCGUGAUAACGAUUUCAUUGGUCACGACCUAGCAUUGUACGAAGGGGGUUAUCAAGCGAACCUGCAUUAUGGUGACGACAUUGCUUACAGUUCCGGGGAGCAUUCGGACCCUGCCACGGGUGGCAGAUUCCCAGGCACAUCUGGUUCAUUCAGGAGCGCUGACGUGUCACCCGAUGAACGCGGCGAUUAUUAUGCGGGAUACGAACACCCACCUAUCGCGUAUGAAUAUGCAAAUCGCUUCCAUCAUAUGCCACCCGAUGCUAGGGUCGAUGCUGGUGGAACAGGUGGACUCUCUGCCCCCGAUGCGUUCACUCGGCGCAUGAGCUUCGACUAUGGCGAUGAGGGAGAAACACCAUAUGCCCAGACCCGUUCUGGUGAGCAAUCUGACGACGAUGGUCCUUACCAAGGCGUGCCCGAAGACCUGUUCUUCCACCCCGGGAUGCGCCCAUUGCCACCGGCACCGGCCGAACCUGCUGGAAAUGAGGAUCUUGUGUCUCAUCUGAUGCCUGCAGGCACAUAUAACCGCCAUUUGGAGCAGCAGGAUGGCUUUGAUAGUUAUUCACAGUAUAACAACCCCUCCUUGCCGACCUCUGCGGACGCUUAUGGCGAAGCUUUGCUGAGCCCAUCCCCAGUUCCGCGGUCGUCAUCUUUGUCGACUCCCAUUGGGCCUCGUACUGAUGCACCUAUCAGAUCAAAGACCGAUGCGGACCGGGUCAGAUACAAACAGCAGCAACAAGAGCUUCUCAUGCAACUCCAGAGGAAGCAUCUUCCUCCCGUGGAUCCGACUGCCGCGGCUGCAGCUGCUAUGACCCUGGACCUGCCAAGCAUCCCGGCCGGCCGGCGUAAGAAGUUCAAUCCCGCGAAAUUGUCAUCAGAGCAAUUCAAGAAAUGCAGUGAGCCGUGGGCUUUGAGUUCACUCUUGUCCUGGAUUCGAGAUCUGAGUGAGGACGAAACAGAUCUCCGGGAGCAUGCCAUUGCCGAUGCCAUGGUUGCCCUGUUCACCCACAAAGUCCCCACCAUGAACAUUGCUGAUGCUGAGACAUUGGCUGCUCGCGUUGUCAGUGGUAUGCUUGAUCAAGGAGCCCUGGUUAAAGAAGAAGAAUGGGUCAAGUUCGGUUCAGGGACUAUUUCUGGUGUUCUGUUCCAGAUUACCGGCACUGGAUGUUACUCGCCCAGGCUGCACUUGCAUGAGAUGCAUAUUGAGCAUACUGAUAGCUUCGCUCGAUGUUACUCACAUCACUGUAUGCGGACGUUGAAGAAGGUCAAUCUCAAAGCACAGAUGAUGGCUCCGCAGAAGAAAGCCGAGGACUGGGUUACUUUCUACAAGGUGACCAAGGAGGUUAUAGAAGCUCGUCCGAAGAAGGAAAUUGAUCGCCAAAACAAUUUGCACGAGAUUGUCACCACCGAAGAUUAUUACAUCUCGCAACUGGAUGUUCUACGAGAACUUUAUCGUGAUCAAUUGGCUAAAAUGAACCCUUCAAUCAUUCCACCGAAGCGGUUGCCCAAGUUCCUGGCUGAUGUGUUUGGUAAGGUCGAUGCCGUGAAAAAGGUCAACGAGGAUUUCCUGUUGGCACAGCUUAAGUAUCGCCAAAAGGAACAAGGUCCUUUCAUCUCUGGGUUCAGUGAUAUCUUCCGGGAAUGGAUUCGCAAGGCUAAAUAUGUCUACAUCGCUUACGCGGCAACCUUCCCAACAGCAAAUUACCUUAUGCGCAAGGAAUCUGAGCGCAAUCCUCGCUUCAAGCUGUUUUUGGAUCAAGCGCGGGAUCAUAAAUUGUCGAACCGUCUCAGCUGGGAUACUUUCCUCAAAGCCCCGAUCACUAGAAUCCAGCGGUAUGGCCUGCUGCUGAAAACUAUCCACGAUAAUAUGGUUAAGGAUUCCGAAGAAAAGACCAAUGUGGCACAGGCCAUAGCAGAGAUCAGAAUAGUGGCGUCGGAGUGUGAUAACAAGGUCGGAGAGAUGAACAAAAAGGCCGACUUGAUGGAGUUGGCAGCUAAGUUGCAAUUGCGACCCGACAUGAAGAAGGAAGUCGAACUCAAUCUCGAGCAUUUGGGUCGACGAAUCAUCCACCGAGGAGAGCUGCAACGUCCUGGAACGCGCACCAGAUUCCUCGUCGAGACGCACGCCAUUUUGUUCGAUCAUUAUCUUGUUCUUGCCAAGGCAUUCACGGUACGAGACGGGGCAGUGAAGUAUGAGCGAUACGAUAUCUCGAAACUGCCCAUCCCCAUGGAUCUUUUGUGUCUGGAAAGCACAGAUGACGAUCCUGUGGUCAAGUCAUCUGUCAGAGGUGUUGCGACUGUCACGCCCUCCCAAGCGGGCGCUGCAAGCCCUCUGACACAUAACGGAUCUAGCGCCUCCGGAGGAAAUGGAGAUGACAAGAUGUUCUAUCCUUUCAAGAUCAAACAUCUUGGUAAAACUGGGACAUAUACUCUAUACGCUUUCUCUGCACAGAGCCGAAUCGAAUGGUGCCACAAGAUCAUCGAAGCGAAGACGAAACAUGCCGCGGCUCUCUUCUCGCAGAAUGCCGAACCAUUCCGACUGCGUGUGCUUGCAGAUACUGCAUUCGGAUAUUCUGAUCAUACACCCGGUUCUAAAAGUGUCACCAUCAAGGGUACCCCUCUCCAUCGUGCAAUCCAAGAAGUCGAGAAGCAAUAUGAAAAUUCCAAGUCUCGACCCCCGCCAAUUUGCAGACUCGCAGUCAAUUGUGCUACGGUGUUCCAGCAGCCGGCUGGACGCAUUAUGUGUGCCAUUGGCACAGAUUACGGACUUUUCAUGUCUGAGCUUAACAACCCGCGCGGUUGGUAUAAAGCUAUUCCCAUCACCCGUGUCUCGCAGGUUGCUGUGUUUGAGGACUUCAAUCUGUUAUUACUGAUCGCAGAUCGGUCUUUGAUUGCAUACCACCUCGAUGUGGUUUGCCCUGCCAAUGGAAAAGCCUCUCAGUCAUCUCAGGAUUCUUCCCGACGAGCCCCGCAGAAGCUGUCCGGAAACCGCGAAGUGGGCUUCUUUGCCGCAGGCCGUCUGAAAGAUCGAUACUUGGUUAUGUACAAGAAGCGUGAAGGACUGUCAUCCACUUUCAAGGUUCUCGAGCCCGUCCUACAAAAGUCGUCCACCAACAAAACACGCCUAUUUACCUCACGUCGCUCCCAAACGGAGUUCUUCCGUGAGUACGAUGAGUUCUACAUUCCCGCAGAGACCUACCGAAUCAACAUGUUCCACUCCUCUCUUGCCAUCUCAACCCACAAGGGCAUCGAAGUCCUCACUCUCGACAAGAAACAUUCCUGGUCCGUCCCAGACUUCAGCACCAACGAAACCUCAGAUGCACAGGACACCCUCCACAGCAUCGCCAACCGAAUCGCCAACCUCAGACCACUAGGAAUGUUCCGUCUCAGCGAGAGCGAGUUCAUAGUAGCCUACCAACAGUGCGCUGUAUACGUCAACAAGCACGGCGACGUCUCUCGCAGCGUAGUCAUGGAGUUCGUCGGCAAUGCACACACAGCAUGUCUCUACGGCAAGUUCCUCAUGCUCUUCAAUGAAGACUUCGUCGAAGUCCGCAAUGCAAUGAACGGCCGCUUGCGCCAGGUCAUCCCCGGCCACAACGUCGUCUGUAUCGACGACGGUAGCAAGACCCCUGGUGCGCUGCACGGCACACAACCCCACGUCGGUGGCUCAAGCUUUGCCAGCGGCUUCUCGGGUGCUACCAACGGCUCGAGUCAUGCCGGCAUGGGCAACACAGUCAAGAUCUGCAUGCAGCACCCUGAAGACGAGCGCCGACAAAUCGUGUUGGAACUCAUCGAGAACGAGGGACAAAAAGACUGA